ACUGACAAUAUUGCAUUGGCGGAGAUAAAAGCAUGAAAAUGAUCAAGCCAGGCGGGUCGCCUCUGAUCAUUAGGGGGCCUUUUGAUGGUGCCGUGUUUCUCGGGGUCCCGGAAACAAUGGUCCCAUUCAGCGGAGGGAAGCCAGCCGACUUCCCUUUGUAACGCAGCCGGCCAAACCAGGGCCCAGCUCAACUCAAUACCCUAAUGAAGCCAAACUAGAUCUCCCCACCACGGCUACCGUCCUCCGCCACCUUCUUGGGCGACACCACUCCCUCCCCAGAGCCAUCGCAGGACCCUGCUUGGCAUCAUUGCUCUCCUUAAUGAAUCCGUCUGUUUGUGUCCACCCCCACGAGCAUGGGAAAUUGUGUCCCCUCCGUCCCCCCCUUCCCUGUGGCACUGUAUAUAUACAAAGGCAGCCGCUGCAUUGUUCCCACUUGUCACUGCCCGGUGGAAACGAGGGAGAAAAGAGGAAAGGGUGCUGGACCCUCCGGCCUCGGAGCAGCCAGGAAACCCACCGCUCGCUCUUCUCCAUUUCUCCGCCUUGGCCGCUUUCUGCCCGGGACAUGAGCCCCCGGAUGCUGCUCCUGCUCCUGCUGAUGCUCUCCUGCCUGGCGGAGGUGGCACUCGCGGCCCCCCUGGCCAAGGAGCUCUACCCUGUGCCACCCAGCGUCUUGCGAGCGUUAUCAAACAGGGGCACGCUCGUGCUGGAAGCUGCUAUGAAGAGUGCCCUCCUGGCCCUUGAAGAGGCGAUCUCGGAGCAUUUUCGGAGAGUGCAGGAGUGCGAGGAGUGUGUGCUUUGCCUAUUUGGAGACUGUGGAAAUGGGACCCAGGAAUGUGCUUCCUCUGAUGGUCCUUUGGAUUCCCUGCCCAGUUGUGAAGUUGUGCUCCAAGCCCAGGCGGUGCCGGAACAACCUGCCAGAAACUGGGCCCUUAGCAAAGCCUGCGCUCCUUAUCGGCGCUUGUGCAUGGGCCAAGACUUGGCACCGGACAGCUGCAUUCACCUUAUGGUCGGCCACUGCCAGCUCCGACUCCAGGAAUGCCGCCUAGAAAGCGACAUGGACUACUUGAACACCGUUGCGGAUCAGUCCCUUCCAGGUUUGUGUGGACACCGUGGGGUCUCAGCCCCCAACACAACAGUACCGAAGGGGAAGAUUGUGGGGGGCAACAAAUCCUGGCCCGGGGCAUGGCCAUGGCUGGUGUCUGUCUGGCUCAAUGGGGAGCUGAUGUGUGGUGGGGUGCUGGUGGGCGAUGCCUGGGUCCUCACAGCUGCCCACUGCUUCACCGGAAGUAGAAAUGAGUUGGCCUGGUCUGUAGUUCUGGGAGAUUAUGACCUGACGAAGUUGGAUGAAGGCGAGAGGAUUGUGCCGGUUAGUCGCAUCCUUUCCCACCCAAAGUUCAACCCCAAGACGUUCCAUAAUGACAUGGCUCUGCUGGAACUGAGCAGCCCCGUGAGCCCCUCGCCGUGGGUGACCCCCGUGUGCUUGCCUGAGCAUCCCACCGAGCUGGACACAGGGACUCUUUGCUACAUCAUAGGCUGGGGCUCACUCUAUGAAGAUGGGCCGGCAGCAGAUGUAGUCAUGGAAGCCCGUGUGCCAAUCCUAGCCCAAGACACCUGCCGGAGCGCCCUGGGGUCUCAGCUCUUCACCAGUGCCAUGUUCUGUGCCGGAUACCUUUCUGGGGGCAUCGACUCAUGCCAGGGCGACUCUGGGGGCCCUCUGACCUGCUGGGACCCUGCCUCUGAGCGUUAUAAGCUCUAUGGAAUCACUUCUUGGGGCGAUGGCUGCGGGGAGCGAGGGAAGCCUGGCGUCUACACCCGUGUUGCUGCCUUCACCGACUGGAUCCAACAGCAGAUGGAAAAAUCACCAUCCAGCCGGGAGCCCACCUGUUUUGAGAUGCUAGCUUUGGCAGAGCUGUCUCCAGAGAAGCAGCAAGCAGAACUCAGCCACUUGUGUGCCUUCUACACCCAGCUCUGCUCCCCUUCUGCCAGCCCAGCAGCUUGCACCCAUGCCGCAGAUGAGAAAUGCAAGGCAAAGAGGCAGCAGUGUGAGCUUCGCUCCUACGCCCAGACCUUGUUGGAGUUCCUGCGGCGUGCAGAGGAGUUCUUCCGCACCCAGAUCGACUUCUCGUUCUUCACGCACUCCCUCCCACAGUUCAUGGAGCAGAUUUACAGGCAUCUCUUCCCUGUCCGAGGGCACCACGAAUCUAGAGAGCAGGUUGGAGACACAGAAGCAGUCUUGGCCACGAGAGGAGAAGGAAGGGAAGAGGCGCUGCAGUCAAAUUACAAGAAAAUGCAGAAACGGGAGGCCCCAAGACUUCACAGGCGGCUUCUUCGGUCUACACUUCCCUCUUUUGAGUCAUUAUUCAAAGAUACUGGCCCAGCUUUGGAUGACUGGGCGCGGACGCUCAAUGCCAUGGCCGAAGGUGCCUCAACAGGACGGGAGGAGCAACUUUUCUUGCAGCAAGUGGAAGCAGAGGUGGAAGAGCUGCAAGACCAGGGUCGGAUCGUACUUCAGCGACUGUGGAAAGAACUGGGCCCAGGCCAUGCUUUUCCAGAUGUGGGACUGGAGGAGGGAGGUGCUAUCUCACCUCUGAAUGACACAGACACCCUGCCGACUGAGACUCAUCCUCAGAGAAAAAAGCGCAGCCUUACGGAGGAAAGUGACAACACUCUUCCCAAAGCCCUCCCUUCUGCUCCUGCUCCAGAGUCCCGCUGCCCAGGCUUGAAUGCCUCUGCCCAGCAGGUCAGUUCUGUGCGUGAGCUCUAUCGCUGGAUCCUGCAAGUGCCCGAGUCAGAUCUUGCAAUGAUCUUCCAAGAGGUCCUUGUGGAUUUAGCCUCCAAGAAUGCCAAGGGCUUGUACCAGGCACGGGUCCGAGCCACCGUGGGACACAAAGGGACCACCUUUGCUGGCCUAAUAGGACUGGAGAAUGACUCACUGUACCGUAGCAUGCCGGGACUCAUUGCUCUUGCUCUGGAGAGCCUGAAGACCUAACCUGGUCACUCACUCCUUGGAGAUGGUGAACCAUUGGGACUCCCAGUCAAGACAGGGAGUAAAGGUUGAACAUUUGGAGAUCCUGCAUCACUUAAGGCUCCGGGGCUGGACUUCCACAUCAGCAGAGACUUGGAUGUCAGAAAUCAAGAAAUGGGGAAACCUUGGCUAGAUUGUUCUUGUGAAAGCUGCUAAAUUGGAGAAUGCAACUUUUGGGGUCAGGGAGCCCCACUUUCUCAGAUAACCAUUGAUCCAUCCCUGGCUGCACACCCCUGGAAUUUCACCAAGUAUUUGGCUUUCUCUGAGUCCCUUAAGCCCCAGAAGGGGCCCUUUCUUCUAGAAAAAAAGGUGACUUGGAAGGUGACUUCCUGGCCAUUUUCCAUUGAAAAAUAAAUCUCUCCAGGACCUAAAAUGUCUAAAUAGGGAAGAUGGCAAAAUUGCCUCUCAUACUCGUCAAGGAUGUUUGGGUUCAAAAAGCAGAUUUUGAGAAUGUUUUGUUCUUUAAAAAAGGAAUUAAUUGCCAUGGCUCAAUAUAAUGGAAUUUUGGGAGUUGUAGUUUGGUGAGGCACUGGCAUUAUUAGGCCAAGAAAGCAAAAGACACUGUAAAACUACAAGUGUAAUGAUUCCUUAGCAUUGAGCCAUAGCAAUUAAAGUGGAGUGAAACUGCAUUAAUUCUUCAGUGUAGAUACAUCCUCAGACACUUACCUGGUGGCACUUGCUUAGGAACCAUAAUAUCCACUCCUUCCUCUCUUCUGUGUGUCUGGUUACCUGGGCCCAAAGGAUACCUGCCAAUCUAUUGUGUCAAAAGCCAACUUACAAAAAAAAAUCAUCCUUUUAUCCCACCCUCUUUCACUAGUUACUCUUCUCUUUCCCCUCCAAUUCCAGCAGUACAUCUGCAGGGCCUGUAUAUUAAAUGUGUGGGUAGUAUAAAAUCUUGGGUAACUGAAAAUAUUUAUUUGUACAUUUGUAAAGCACCAUUUAUUUAUUUGUAAAUAAAUAAAACAAUCUAUAUUUUGCUGUAAA